AUGCUCAUGCCGCGAGUAAAGAGGCAGAUACGAUGGACGCACCCGACUCAAGGAUGGGUCAAACUUAAUACUGACGGGGUUUCAAGAGGAAAUCCGGGGGAAGCGUCUGUCGGAGGUGUGAUUCGGGAUAAUCGCGGGUUGUGGUGUAGAGGCUUCGUUCUUAAUAUUGGAACAUGUACAGUUCGAAUGGCAGAACUUUGGAGUGUGUACUAUGGAUUGGUGAUAGCGUGGGAGAGCAGAGCUCAGCGGGUCGAGAUGGAGAUAGAUUUAGAGAUGAUUGUUGGAUUUCUCAAGACAUGGGUGAGUGAAGUGCAUCCGUUGUCAUUCCUGGUGCGGUUGUGCCAUGGCUUUAUAACAAAGGACUGGAUAGUCCGGAUUUUUCAUGUGUAUAGGGAAGCUAACCGCCUUGCGGAUGGGUUAGCUAACUAUACGUUUACUUUACCACUAGGUUUUCAUGCUUUUGACUCUGUUCCUUGUGGUUUAAACUCUUUGUUGUUUGAGGAUUCCUCCGGAAUUUCGAUUACACGUCGAAUCAGGAUGUAA